CUGACUGACUGACUGACUGGCUGAAUGAAAUAAUAAAUGACUGACUGACUGACAAUAUUUCACCAACUAGCUGACUUUGGCAAGACUGACUGACUGACUGACUGACUGAAUAUUGAGCAGCUAUGACUGAACGACUCGAUAACUGAUUGACUAACUGAUUGGUGUGACUGGCUGACUGACUAGCAAGACAACAACAAGAUAAGCUACGCGGCGAGUUAAAGAUCUCAGCCCUGCUCGAACAUGACCAAACGAGACGCAAUAUCUGAAGAGCGAAACAUUUUACAGCAAGGUGAAACACGUAACUCCUUCCACACACACACACACACUUCCACCAAUAACCCUCCAUCGAAACCAUCAAAUCACGAAUCAUAACCCAUAAAACAUGAUCCAAACACAAACUAGAGUAGAAAAGAAAACGGAACAUUAGCUGGCAACUCGAACUAUACCAAGACACUGACCAAUCUAACUCACUCACUCACAAGCAUCCACCAAUCACCAGCUGCGUUACGUAUGCCACAGUGUGCAAGCCAGUGAGGGAAGACGUAACAUGAGGCAGGAGUGGCUAUUAGCAGAGGAUCAUUAUUCACUCUAGUUGCCUUGAUCUAGUGACGGGAGGACGUGCACGAGGCGGAGAGGCGAGAGGAAGCAGGAUUGAGACUGAGAAAACCACUACAAGAGAGAGGAGACCAGUAGAGCGCCACUACAUAACCGAACCAGCACCUCGCGGGCCCCACACCGAGGUUAUCAAAUUAGUGUUCCGAAGCUGCGCGUGGCAAGAUGGCGGCUGCUGACGUCACGGGAACGAGACACACUAGCUGGAGAGAGAAGCCAGCCCACACAUAUCUAAACCCACUAAUAGCGAGCUUUUUACCCUUCCCAACGACCAAUCAGGUGUGUUCAUGGCGUGCAGGCAGUGACCGGGGCCCCAGGAUGCUCGGCGGUCUGCUGGCGGCUGCCCUCCUGGCCCUGGCGGGUCUGGCCUGCGCCCACCCCGACACGGACGCCACGGACGCUCUGGACGUGGGUGUCAGCAAACGUGACCUCGAGUUCAACCAGUAUGUGCCGGGCUACAGGCGGCGCGGUGAGCCGUCCUGCGAGGAGCUGCGGGAGAUGUGGCGGCUGAGCAAGCGUGAGGCGCGGCGGGCCACCACCACCAACCAGCUGCCGCGCCGCACGCAGCACACCACCUACGGCAGGCUCAUCCCCUUCGCGCCUGAGGCCAAGCCGCACUCCAUGGCCAUCUACGGCACCCCGUGGAACUACCCCCCCGCCAAGGGCCACCCGCCCAGCCCCUUCGACAAGGUGCGCUCCCUGCUGGGCCCCGGAGACCGACACAACAAGUUCAACCAGCUGCGGCGGAUGAUGGCGGCCAACCGCGGCCCCAACCAGUCCCCCAAGGGCAGCAUGGACAACCUCAUCAGGAUGAUGGCCGCUGACCGCUCCGAGCCCCGCCCCGUGGCCCUGGCCCUGCGCACCACCAAGGACAUGUACCCGCUGGGCCCCAAGCCCCGCCGGGAGCCCACCACCAUGUCCCCACGCAGCAUGCGCGGCGGCGCCCUGCAGUACAGCGAGCAGGGCUUCGUGGGGCCCCUAUUGCCCGCUGACUCUAGACUGCCCUCCUUCACCCCAUGGCAGCCCCCCGCGCCGGACCCAGCCCUGAGGUCCUGCGAGGAGGUACAGUGGUCGUUCUGCCGCGUCAACUCUGACUGUGCAUGUGGCGGCCUGUACCGGUGCAACAAGGGCAGGUGUAAAGUGUCCUCCAAGCAUCCAGUGGUGGAGGACGCCCGGGGAUCCUGGUACGCUGGUCCUCUGGAGGCGAAGGAUCUUGGGGUGUGGAGCAAGCGUUAACCUUCAUGUCUCACCCACGCCCGCCCACGCCGCCCGCCCAGGUCCUCCUUAGUCGUGGGGAGAAGGAAAGCAGAAACAUAUCCUGAUCUUCCUUAUUCGCAAGAGAGACACGCAAAGAAGAGCACGUUGGCAUCUUCUCGGGCAGUGCCAAAGGGGUGUUCGCUCCCUCCCUUUAUCCCUCGAUGUGUUGCAGACAAGAGAUAAAUCGUCAGCUGCUGAAGUGUUAUCAUAUCAAGUCUUCUAAAGAGCAUAUCACAGCCGCCAUAUCUCGUGAAGGGGAAGAUAAGAUAACUGACUAACUAAGCAUUCUACUGAGAUGUUUUCAUUUGGUGUAUGAUGUUAUAAAAGAAAGACAGAGUGAGUGAGAGAGUGAGUAUGUGAGAGAUUACUUAUUUUGGGGUAUAUUUUUUUUCCCCUCUUUUUUUUUCUAUUGUUGUUUUUUUCAUAUUUUUUAGCCUUUUUUUUCUUCUUCGUCCGGUUCGUACAUUGAUUCAUCUUGGCUCACCUCUUUUUAUUUUUUUUUUUUUAUUUAUUUAUUUUUUUUUUUUACCCUCCCUCUUCCAUGUUGUCCAAUUUUCCGUCUGAGCAUCCCGUUUUCUUUCGGUUCUCGUAUCCCCCACCCCACCCCAGACUCCACCUCCCACACCCCCCA